ACUACACCACCCACUGGGCUCCCUAGGGUUUUCUCGACUGAAGCCGACUGCCAGGUCUUUCUUUCAUGGCACCACUAGGGGGUUCCACUUUUUGGGACUAGCAGCCACGUGUCCCCUUGGUAGCCUGCUCCAAACACCUUCUUAUUCCUGUGGUGCUCUCUCUUGCGCCCUGAUGCCGCCCCCUGCCCUAAGUUCUCUCUACCCACCUCUGCUCUAUGGCCGAGUCCGAAAUCCCAGUGGUAGUUGUAAGAAUUUCCUUUUCUUACCUUUUUCCCUCUGUGCCACUCAGUUUCUCUCCCUCCCUCUCUGCCCACAUCCCUUGUUUGGUCCCCAGUGUUGUCGGCUCCCUCCUCACUUGCCUCCCUCGGCUGGGCUGGAACCCUCAGCCUCGUUCUCUUCCUUGCCCCAGCUGAGUGUGGUGGUUUUUUUCCCUAGCCCAGGUGAGGUCCCUUGGCCAGGAUGUCAGGCCUGGUGUUGGGGCAGCGGGAAGAGCCCGCAGGCCACCGGCUGAGCCAGGAGGAGAUCCUGGGGAGCACUCGGCUGGUGAGCCAGGGCCUGGAGGCCCUCCACAGUGAGCACCAGGCUGUGCUGCAGAGCUUGUCCCAGACCAUCGAGUGCCUGCAGCAGGGCGGCCACGAGGAGGGACUGGUGCAUGAGAAGGCCAGGCAGCUGCGCCGCUCCAUGGAAAACAUCGAGCUGGGGCUGAGCGAAGCCCAGGUGAUGCUGGCGCUGGCCAACCACCUGAGCACGGUGGAGUCGGAGAAACAGAAACUGCGGGCUCAGGUGCGGCGGCUGUGCCAGGAGAACCAGUGGCUCCGGGACGAGCUGGCGGGCACCCAGCAGCGGCUGCAGCGCAGCGAGCAGGCUGUGGCGCAGCUGGAGGAGGAAAAGAAGCACCUGGAGUUCCUGGGGCAGCUGCGGCAAUAUGAUGAGGACGGGCACCCCACGGAGGAGAAGGAGGGCGAGGCCCCCAAGGACUCCCUGGAUGACCUCUUCCCCAACGAGGAGGAAGAGGACCCCAGCAGUGGCUUGUCCCGGGGCCAGGGCGCCCAGCCCGGAGGAUACGAAGUCCCAGCCAGGUUGCGGACGCUGCACAACCUGGUGAUCCAGUACGCAGCCCAGGGUCGCUACGAGGUGGCCGUGCCACUCUGCAAGCAGGCCCUGGAGGAUCUGGAGCGCACGUCUGGCCGUGGGCACCCCGAUGUCGCCACCAUGCUCAACAUCCUGGCCCUGGUGUACAGGGACCAGAAUAAGUAUAAGGAAGCCGCCCACCUACUGAAUGAAGCCCUCAGUAUCCGAGAGAGCACCCUGGGCCGGGACCACCCUGCUGUGGCUGCCACCCUCAACAACCUGGCUGUGCUCUAUGGCAAAAGAGGCAAAUACAAGGAGGCGGAGCCGCUGUGCCAGCGGGCGCUGGAGAUUCGUGAAAAGGUACCCACUCCCUCUCCGUCCGUCCGUCCAUCCAUCAUCUGCCCACUCCCAUUAUUCCCUCUAGACGACCACAAGCCCAUCUGGGUGCAUGCAGAGGAGCGGGAGAAAAUGAGCAAAAGCCAACACCGUGACGGGAGCACACCUUACGCUGAAUACGGAGGCUGGUACAAGGCUUGCAAAGUGAGCAGCCCCACAGUGAACACCACCUUAAGGAACCUGGGAGCCCUGUACCGCCGCCAGGGAAAGCUGGAGGCCGCUGAGACACUGGAGGAAUGUGCCCUGCGUUCCCGGAAACAGGGCACUGACCCCAUCAGUCACACCAAGGUGGCAGAGCUGCUGGGGGAUGGGGAUGGAGGCAGGGCCUCCCAGGAAGGGCCUGGGGCCAGCGUGAAGUUCGAGGGGGGUGAAGAUGCUUCAGUGGCGGUGGAGUGGGCAGGGGAUGGAAGUGGGACCCUGCAGAGGAGUGGCUCGCUGGGCAAGAUCCGGGAUGUGCUGCGUCGAAGCAGCGAGCUCCUGGUGCGGAAGCUCCAGGGGACCGAGCCUCGGCCCUCCAGCAGCCGCAUGAAGCGCGCAGCCUCCUUAAACCACCUGAACCAGCCCCACGCAGUACCCCUCCAGGGCUCCAGGGGCCUCAGCGCCAGUACCACGGACCUCUCUUCAAGCAGCUGACAUUCAGCCCGUGCCCCCACAGGCCUGCGGGUCUCCUCACAGCAUUCCCCACUGCUCCUGGCUUUCCCCACCUCAGGGUGGGGCAGUGAAGGGGAGCAGUUUUAUAUGGGAACAGGAUAGCUGCUGCCCUUAGGGUCUUGGCAGCUCCCUCCUCAGGAAUGUCCUUCAGCAAGGACCCUCAGGACAUCCCUCCCACCCUGUGGUCUCUAACUCUGAUACCCGGAAGGUGGGUAAGAAGCAGUUAUGCACCUCAGAGAUGCCACUGCCACCUGCCGCUGGCUUCUCUCUCAGAGGGUUUGAGGGCUGGUCAGUCAAGCCACCUUGUCCUGGCUUCUCCUGCUCCCUCUGUGGCCUCACUUCAGGUCCAUGUAUUUCAUUUUUCUUAAAUAGAAGAAUCAGGUAACUGUGCUGCCACUUGAGCUCCGUUUGAAGAGUAGUCAGAAAGAAUUGUGUUGGAUCCUUUCUAGUAUGGACUCAUUGUGUGUGCCUCACCCCCCCUUGCCCCCCCAAUAAGUAAAGUGCAGUAAAUCCCAUUUGGGAAUAGGUUGUCUUUGUUAUGUUAAUUAGGCAGGAUUGGUGUGAGGGUGUGGCUUAACCCAGCGGAUUGCGAUAUAAAAGAGUUUAAACAAGCUGGUCAGAGAAAUAGAGCCUGGGGAGAAGAGUGGCCAAGGCUCCGGGAGCAAGAGCGCAGAAGAGAGGAGGUUCUUCCUCCAGAGCAACAGGAAGUCUUCCCCCAGCACUGGCACCCUGAAUUCAUAUUUCUAGCUUCCUAAACUGUGAGAGAAUAAAUCUGUGUGUCAAGGCUG